AUGACUUUUCCAAGAUUACACUUUCAAGGAACUCAUGACAGUGAAGCCGGCCCAAGUAGAAUUACACAUGUUAAUGAUGUUGCACUUGAUCGUAAUUGCACAUCACCUAAUCAACGAAACAACACGAGUCAAUCCGAUACAGAUGAUAUGGAUAAUGAUGAAGCUUUGGAGGAUGCAGUAAUAUCAUAUGUUAACAUGGACGCCAGAGAAAAUGGUGCAUUAUCACGUCGUCCUCAAGAAUCAGGACAUGCUUUUCGAGCAAAGCACAAUAUUGCUCGAAAUUUCAAAAAUAAUAUGAUGAUGGAAAAAUCCUGGUUGCCUCAUCCAAUUACCUGUAGACACUACAAUGCAAGAUUGUUUCAUCAUGAAUCACGUGACAUGUGUUGUAAUGGUGGAAAUGUACCAUUCUCACGAGUUGAUGCUCCUAUAGAAUUGCAACAAUUAUUUUUGGAUGGUUCAGCUGAAGGAAAACAUUUUAGGCAACAUAUUCGAAGUUAUAACCAUGUCCUUUCAUUCACUUCAAUUGGUGUUCACGUUGAUGAGAAUAUUCUUGCAUCUGGUCGAUGUAUAUACACAUUUCGUGCUCAAGGUGCUUUUUACCAUAACAUGGGAGGUUUCUAUCCAAAUGAGGGUGUCAGGCCGCGUUUCUUACAAAUAUACAUCUACGACACCAAUAAUGAGCUACAUAAUAGAAUGCAGGAAAAUCCACAACUGCACCAAAAUGUAGUUCACAAAUUACAGAAAAUGCUCCAUCAGUUUAAUCCUUUUGUAAUUAGGUUCAAGAAACUUUCAAUACUUCCAAAUAUCAGUGAAUGUAGCCUCAUACUUAAGGAGCGUCCAAGUAAUCACCAUCAAUACAAUCUUCCAACUGCUGAACAAGUUGCGACAAUUAUUGUUGGAUGUGAUGCAGAUUCUAUGGAUUAUGGAAGGGAUAUUAAUGUCAUUCGUUGUGAUGGAAAUCUCAAGAAAGUUCAAGAGACAAAGGUAUAUUAUGAUCCUUUUCAAUACCUUGUAUUGUUUCCAUUUGGGACGCAUGGUUGGGACAUCAACACAACAAAUUGCAAUGGACGAAGAGUGUCAUGUCGAGCAUAUUACAGUUACAUGCUUCAGAUUCUCCCAAAUGAUCAAUCAAUGUUGUUAAAUGCGGGUCGACUGUUGCAACAAUAUGUUGUAGACAAUUAUGUCAAAAUUGAAUCAGGGAGAUUAAGGUGGAUUAAAGAGCACCAAAGUGAUAUACGUUCUGAAUUGUACCAAGGUUUACAUGAUGCUUUGCAUGUUGGUGAAACUAAUGCAAAGAACAUUGGAAAAAGAAAAAUAUUGCCAUCACCAUUUAUUGGCGGUCGUCGAGACAUGACACAACGUUACGAAGAUGGCAUGGCUAUUAUUCUUAAUGGCGGUAAACCAGAUAUUUUUCUAACAAUGACAUGCAAUCCUUCUUGGAGUGAUAUAACAUCAGAACUUUUGCCUUUUCAAACACCACAAGAUUGUCCAUAUUUGCUAACAAGAAUAUUUCGUUCGAAAUUUGAGAAAUUGAAGGAUGAUGUUAUUAAUAAAGGAGUCUUGGGUAAAGUUAAAAGCUACAUGUAUGUCACUGAAUUUCAAAAGCGAGGACUGCCGCAUGUGCAUAUGUUGUUGGUCUUAGAAAGUAACGACAAGUUGCGUGACCUAAAAGAUUAUGAUAGUAUGGUAAGGGCAGAAAUACCUAAAUUAGAAUGUGAACCACAGUUGGAUGAAGCUGUUGUACGAUAUAUGAUCCACGGACCUUGCGGCAUAAUCAACCGAAAGUCUCCAUGUAUGAAAGACGGACAUUGUAAAAAAAGGUAUCCCAAACAAUUCUUGGAUGAAACACGUCAAGGCACUGACUCAUAUCCCGAGUACAGGAGAAGGUUUGAUGAGUCUGUAUCAUUAGGUAAAGAUAGGUUUGUCGAUAAUAGAUGGGUGGUUCCUUAUAACCAUUGGUUACUGUUAAAGUAUGACUGUCACAUCAAUGUAGAGAUUUGCAGUAGCAUUAAAAGUAUCAAGUAUCUAUACAAAUAUUUGUACAAGGGCCCUGAUCGUGUGGCUAUGGAGGUUUAUAAAGGAUCAUACAUGGAUGAAGUUCAACAAUAUGUUGAUGCAAGAUGGAUUUGUGCUCCCGAGGCAUUAUGGAAAAUAUUUUGA